CAGAGCCUCUGUGAGACAGCAGCGAAAAAGACUAAUGACCCAGCAUGUGGAGCCAGUCAAUCCACUGACAUGGACAAGUACGAAAAGGUGAAGAAAAUCGGGGAAGGUUCGUUUGGUAAAGCCAUCCUUGUCACCUCCAAAGAGGAUGGACACCAAUAUGUCAUCAAGGAGAUUGGCAUAUCUGCAAUGCCCAGUAAAGAGAGGCAGGAAUCUCGGAAAGAGGUUGCUGUUCUUGCCAACAUGAGUCAUCCCAACAUUGUCCAGUAUAAGGAGUCUUUUGAAGAGGGAGGCUGCCUGUAUAUUGUGAUGGAUUACUGUGAGGGUGGAGACCUCUUCAAGAAGAUCAACUCACAGAAAGGAGUAUUGUUCUCAGAACAGCAAAUCUUGGAUUGGUUUGUGCAGAUUUGCCUGGCACUGAAGCAUGUGCAUGAUCGGAAAAUCCUGCAUAGGGAUAUCAAAUCAAAGAACAUAUUUUUGACAAAAGAUGGAAUCGUACAGCUUGGAGACUUUGGAAUUGCAAGGGUGUUGAACAGUACUGUAGAACUGGCAAGAACAUGUAUAGGCACACCAUAUUACCUAUCACCAGAGAUCUGCGAAAACAAACCAUAUAACAACAAAAGUGAUAUUUGGGCCCUAGGGUGUGUCCUAUAUGAAAUGUGCACUCUUAAGCAUGCAUUUGAGGCUGGCAACAUGAAAAACCUUGUUCUGAAGAUCAUCCGUGGCUCAUAUCCUCCCGUGUCUGUUCACUACUCCCAAGAACUGCGGUCUCUUUUGGCACAGCUGUUUAAACGCAACCCACGAGAGAGGCCCUCAGUCAGCAGCAUACUGGACAAACCUUUCCUGUCUUGCAGGAUAGAAAGGUUCCUCACACCACAGAUCAUUGCUCAGGAAUUCUGCCAUAACUUUCUUCACAAGCAGCCUAAAGUGGGUGCUGUACAGGGGCCACCAGCCAAGCGACCAGCCCCUGGCUCCAUACCACUCGCCCCAGCCCAGAAAAUUACCAAACCAGCCACCAAAUACGGAGUGCCUUUAACUGUGAGGAAGGUGUCGGAUGCAGCGAAAAAGCCUGCAGAGAGGAAACCAGCUACAAAGCAUAAACCAGCCCCUCUCCCAGCAGCCCCCCAGAGAAGAGUGAGUCAAGUGGAGGAAGAGAGGAAAAAACAUGAGGAUGGCAUCAGAAAGAAAAGGAUGGAGCUGAUUGAAAAAGAAAGGAAACAGAGAGAACAGAUGUUCCUGUUGAAAGCGGAGCAGAUGAAGCGAUAUGAAAAGGAAAAGAUCAAUCGUAUAAACCAAGCCAGGGAACAAGGCUGGAAACAUGUCUUGAGUUCUAGCGGAGGUAGCAGCCCAGAGAGGAAGUGUUUUGUAGGUGGUGGAAAGAGGGCUGUCCCAAGCUCUGCUCAGGGUCCUGCUCCAGCUUAUGUCCCGUGUAAAACACCCUACCAACAGUACCAUGCUGCUCUGGACCAAAUAGCUAAACAACAGCAUAAAGUCAUCAGCAGAGUGGGAUCCUCAGCCGGACCAAGCAGUCCCAUUCGAAGUGUGCCGGCUGCUGCUGGCCCAGUGCUGCCCAAUGGCCCCUCAAGAAUCCUAAACCCUGAUGCAAUCAAGAGGGAACUACAGAGGCUGCAGCACGUUUCUAAGCCAGCCCAUGUUAGCAGGCCACGUCAGGUUGAGGAGUUUUUACAGCGGAAGAGAGAAGCCAUGCUUAACAAAGUUCGCGCUGAGGGACAGCUGGGUACUCGGCAAAACCUGGCAGCAAUCUAUGGAAGCCGGGCUGGUUCCAUUCGGUGCAGGAGACCCAAAGCCAACAAAGAGGAGGAGGAGUACUUGUCAAGACUGAGGCAGAUCCGCUUGCAGAACUUCAAUGAGCGUCAGCAGAUCAAAGCCCGGCUCAGAGGAGAGAAGUACGACAGCGAUGGUUCUGACAGCCAGGAGUCCAGUGAGGAAGCAGAGCUCAGGAGAAAGAAGAUAGAGGCUUUAAAAGCCCAAGCAAAUGCCCGUGCUGCUGUAUUGAGAGAGCAACUAGAGAAGAAGAGGAAAGAAGCGUAUGAGAGAGAAAAGAGAGCAUGGGAGGACCAUCUUGCAGCUCGGGAGGUGAAGGUUGGCAUGGCAGCAGGCGAUGUAGCAGCAGCAGCAGUAGCAGCCUGCCUACCUACCUCUGACAGUCCUCUUCCACAGCCCAGCCCCUCUCAGCCAGACCCAGCUGCCAAAGCUCCAGUCCUGCCUGCAUCCAAACCCUACACCCCAGCCAUAUCCAUGACUGCUGCGCUGAAGAACGUCGGAGCAUUAACGCCACUAAAAGAAAAGCUGCCUGACCCAGAGACUGCUACAGGCAUUCAGAGUGAGAAAAAGCAGAUUCUGCGCAGGCUUAACCAGAACCUAAAAGCCCAGAGCCCAGUGGAGGAGGUGGAGGAAUCACUUCCACCCCCUGCAGAACCAAGUCCUGCUCCCCAGCAGAACCAGUCUGACACAGAGAAAUGUCCCUCUUCGAACGGAGACCGGAAGAAGUGGGAUGCAGCAGAAUUGCCUGUGCUUCCCGUGGCUCAGCUAACCUUAGAGGAAACCUGUGCCACGACGGCAACCACCUCAGUGUCUCCAGAUGAUAGACCGUCCUCUGGUGGAGACAGGAAGAAGUGGGAGGCAGGAGUUCCAAUUGUCCUCACUGUCGCCCAGCAAACUCUAGAGGAGACAUGCAUCAGGACAAUUGAGACCACAGUGGGUGAAGUCAUAAAGAUGGGUGUGCUACAGGACGAAGCUCCUAGGAAGGUGUGGGGAGCGACACCAGACUCUCAGGUGCUGAAAGUUCUUCAGGAGGCAGAGCUUCAGCCUCUCACACAGCAGCUGGAGAAUGCUUCUAUCUGUGAGGAAGAGAUUUCCAGCCCUGUUAAGCCUCACCAGCCUGCAGCAGCUGAGAUUCCGAAGAUGCCUAAAGAAGCGUUGCCCUCUAAGCCAACGCCGCCUGCUGUGGUCCAGAGCCCAGGAGUCCAGAAGAAGAGUCCAGUCCCCACAGAGGCUUCACAUCAGGAAAUGUCUGUGGCUGGUGCAGUAGAAAGCCAAACACUGCCACCCAACUUCACUGAGAUUCAGGAUCCAGAAGAUGUGGAGUCAGUGGUUUUGGAAGAUACACCUAAACAGGCCUCACAUCCCCCAGCUGGUGUGCAGCAGGCAUGGGAGCAGGAAGUCCAACAGCCAAUGCCACCAGAGGGCAUUGUAAGACCAGCAGGCUCUAAGGAUGUUGCGAAGAGUGCAGAGAAACCAACUGAAUCAUCUGCACAAUGCGAGGAGCCCCUGUUUAUGAAGUUGUGUUCCCCGGCCCACCAACGAACUGCUGCCCUUGCACUCCUCUCAGCCCAGUCGUCCAUGGAUGAAUCAUCCUCCUCUUUGGCCUCUCGCUCACGCUCUGUCUCACCUCUGCGCUCCAAACACCACAACGCCCUCCUCAUUGGUCUUUCAACGGGCAUGUUUGACUCCAACAACCCCAAGAUGCUGCGGACAUGCUCACUACCAGACCUCAGCCGUCUCUUCAGCUCUCAGCAGGACUCUGCAGUGACAAAUGAUGCUAAUGUUGCCCGCGACAACAACCUGGAAAUUGAGGACCUGGAGGAGGCAGCUAAAGAUGACGAUCAGUCAGAGACCGAAGAUGCAUAUGAGGAUGAAGACCUGAGGGACAUCCGGGCCUCUAUGGAAAGACUGCUGCAGGAAGAGGCCGACUUAAUGAAGAGCCCUCCGGAGGUUGGUGCAGGAGACUUUAAUAGGAACCCUCCAGAGGUUGAUCAGGACAACAAUCAGAUGGCUGUAGAUGAGGAUGACGACGAUGAUGAUGAUGAAGAGGAGGAGGAGGAUGAGGAGGAAGAAGGCGAGGAGGAUGAGGAGGACGAGGAGGAAGAGGAAUGCUCUAAUGGGAGUCCUGGUGAUGAGGAAGCAGGGGAGCUGCUGACUAAUGGUGUGGGAGAGGGCAACCACAGUAAUAAUAACAGCCAGCUCAAUGAGGAGUGGCAUUCAGAUGGCAGUGGAGAGGAGCAGGACGGAGAGGCUGCACAUCAUGACAGCAUCUUCAGCCGGAUUGAAGAACUUCGCUUCAAUCUGGAGCAGCAGAUGGGCUUUGAGAAGUUAUUUGAGGCCUGCAAUAAGAUCAAAGCUAUAACUGAAGACGAAGAUGACAAUAUUGUCCUUGGCCCCAGUUUGGUCUUAAGCAUUUUGGGAACUGAGCACCAGCAUCUGUAUCCAAACAUCCUUCAUCUAGUGAUGGCAGAUGGCGCAUACCAAGAAGGUAAUGAUGAAUAAUGUUUCAUGCAGAGCUGCUGGCAGCUAUGACAAUCUGCUAGCUAUCGGAUGUCUUCCCGUGACGCACAUCAUUGGCAGAAGGAUCUAUGCAUGAAGUAUCACAGCUACGCAUCUAACGGUGUUUCAGGCACACUUGCAUGAUGAAUAACUAGUAAACUCGAGGCUGUAUUUCAUACUUUUGAC